CGAUCUGAGAUUCUCUUUCUCUUCCUUCUCCCUUAACAAAACCUUUCAAAAUCUUACCCUUUUUUAUUCCAAACGUUCUUCCUAGACACUUUCAAAUCUCUCUCAAACCCUAAACUCCACUUUCACACAAAACGAAGCCAUUCCCUUCCACAAUGCCGUUCAUUUCGGAUACAGCGAGCGCUAUCAAGAGCCGUUUUGGCUUCCAUAACCGGUCAUCUUCAUCUGAGUCGGUCUCCUUGUCGUCGGUUCGUAAUACGCCGGAUCUUCUAGAGAAAUCAGCAGUUAAGGAGAAUCCCAGCCAUUUCACUGCUGCCUCGGCCGCAAUUCCGAGCAUCAGUGAGUGGGACGAAGAUUUGACUGAAAGUAAAGGAGGAAAGACGCAGUCGUCCCAGAGCUUUGAGUUCCAUGAAGAUGCAUUGUUUUGGAAAGAUCACAAUGUGCAGGUUAUCAUAAGAAUUCGUCCCCUUAGUAGUUCCGAAAUCUCACUACAAGGCAAUAGUAAGUGUAUUAGGCAAGAAAGUUGUCAAACAAUUACUUGGACGGGACACCCAGAAUCUCGUUUUACAUUUGAUCUUGUUGCUGAUGAACAUGUUAGCCAGGAGAAUCUCUUCAAAGUAGCUGGGUUGCCUAUGGUGGAAAAUUGCAUGGGAGGCUACAACAGCUGCAUGUUUGCAUAUGGUCAAACUGGGAGUGGGAAGACUCACACAAUGCUCGGAGACAUUGAAGGAGGGACUCGGAGGCACAGUGUCAACUGUGGGAUGAUACCUAGGGUGUUUGAACACUUAUUUACAAGAAUACAAAAGGAAAAAGACAAUCGUAAAGAUGAGAAAUUAAGAUUUACAUGCAAAUGCUCGUUUCUGGAAAUCUAUAAUGAACAAAUUCUUGAUCUUUUAGAUCCAUCGUCAACCAAUUUACAGAUAAGAGAAGACAUGAAGAAUGGGGUUUACGCUGAGAAUCUUAAGGAGAUGGAAGUUACAAGUGCACGGGAUGUGAUUCAACUGCUCAUUCAAGGUGCAGCAAACAGAAAGGUGGCUGCCACUAACAUGAAUUGUGCUAGUAGUCGUUCUCACAGUGUAUUUACAUGCAUAAUUGAAAGCAAGUGGGAGUCUCAAUCUGUAACUCACCAUCGCUUCGCUCGUCUUAAUCUUGUUGAUUUAGCAGGCUCAGAAAGACAGAAGAGUUCUGGGGCUGAAGGUGAACGCCUCAAGGAGGCUACUAAUAUUAACAAGUCUCUUUCCACAUUGGGACUUGUGAUAAUGAACCUUGUAAAUAUUUCCAAUGGGAAGUCUCUCCAUGUUCCUUAUCGAGAUUCAAAACUCACUUUUUUGCUUCAGGAUUCUCUAGGAGGAAAUGCAAAAACAACAAUAAUUGCGAAUAUUAGUCCCUCUAAUUGUUGUUCACUGGAGACACUUAGUACGCUGAAGUUUGCACAGCGGGCUAAAUUUAUAAAGAACAAUGCAGUGGUGAAUGAAGAUGCAUCUGGAGAUGUUGUUGCUAUGAGGCUGCAAAUUCAACAGCUGAAGAAAGAAGUAUCUCGUCUACGAGGUUUUAUUAAUGGCAGAACUGAAAAUCUAGAUAAUGAUAGUUUGGCAUCAAGUGUUCCAGCAUCUCCAGGGCCCUUAAAGUGGGAAGGUCUUCAUGGAUCAUUCAGUCCACUUACAUCUGAUAAAAGGAUGUCUCAGAAAAAAGACUAUGAAGUUGCACUUGUUGGGGCCUUCAAGAGGGAAAGAGAGAAGGAAGUCGCUUUACAGGCCCUGACCGCUGAGAAUCAGGCAGCUUUGCAGUUGGCAAAACAAAGAGAAGAUGAGAUCCAAAGCUUGAAAAUGAGGUUAAGGUUUCGAGAAGCAGGAAUUAAGAGGCUGGAAGCUGUUGCUUCUGGCAAGAUCUCUGCAGGGUCAAAUUUGUUACAAGAGAAAGAAGAAUACAUGAAGGAAAUUGAGGUUUUAAGAGCUCAAGUUGAUCGGAACCAAGAAGUCACUAGAUUUGCCCUGGAGAAUUUGCGACUGAAGGAGGAGAUUAGAAGAUUAAAGUCCCUUAGUGAUGAAGGCCAACUGGAGAUGAUGAAUGAACAGAUUAAGGCAUUACACAAUAAGUUGCUAGAGGCACUAGAUUGGAAACUUAUGCAUGAAUCAGAUUCCUUAACCAUUGAGAAAACAAACUCUAAAGUGGUAUCCGGAGUUUCUGAUGACCUCAAUGAACUGAGACAGGAUUCAGCUUGGUGCUCUAACCACAAGGAGGAAAACGAAUUUCUUAGAAUGCAGGCCAUUCACAACAAGGCAGAAAUGGAUGCACUCCAGAAAAAACUUGAGUUUUGUCUGGAAGAGAAGGAAGAGUUGGAGAGGUACGUGAGUGAUUUACUAAACAAACUUGAAGAAGAACGGCCUUCAAGAUCUGCGAAGGAAGCUAUACAACAAACAGAACUUCUUUCAUUGUCAGCGGAUGUGCCAACUAUCAACAAUCCUAAUGACCAAGUGGAGCUUAAAACAAUGGUUGAUGCCAUAGCAGCUGCAAGUCAGCGAGAAGCAGAAGCUCAUGAGAAAGCAUUUAAGUUAUCCCAAGAGAACGAUGAAUUACGAUCCAAGCUUAAGGGCUAUGUUGAGGAUAAUAAGCAACUCCUUGAAUUAUUUGAGCAGAAAGCUGAUGAAAGAAAUUGUAAAAGUUUGAAUGAAGGUGACAUUAAUGAAUAUUUCACAAAUCACACUGAUGCUGGUUUACAUGAAAAUGGUGAAGAGCUGGUCAAGCUGAAGAAAGAUGUCGAUAACCUUGAGCAACAGCUUACUGAAAUGCAUGAAGAAAAUGACAAAUUGAUGGGUUUGUAUGAAAGAGCAAUGCAGGAGAGAGAUGAAUUCAAACGGAUGUUUUCCUCUUUGGGAACUCCGAACAGAAAGGAGCCUAGAGAAUUUGAAUGCCUUGAGAAGCUAGUUGAAGUCGACGGAGGGGAAGGCAACUUGAAUAAACCUCAUGUGCAGUUUGACUCAAAGGAUUUAGAGGGGGAAACUGCCCCCUUUUGUUCACCUGAGCAGAAUGCAGGUGAAAGUCGACAGUUGUCUGAAGUGAUUCUAAAUGUCGAUGAUACACAUUCGGAUCAUCAGUCAGAAGCAGGGAAUCACAUAGAAUGCCUUGAGAAGCUAGUUGAAGUCGACGGCGGAGAAGGCAGCUUGGGUAAACCUCAUGUACAGUUUGAGUCAAAAUAUUUAGAGGGGGAAACUGGUCCCCUCUUUUUACAUGAGCAGAAUGCAGGAGACAGAAAGUUGUCCGAAGUGAUUCUGAAUGUCGACGAUGCACAUUCGGAUCAUCAGUCAGAAGCCGGGAAUCACAUGGAAAUAGACCAACCAGAUAGCACUGCUGCAAAGUUGUCCGAAGAUAUAUUUUCUGCAAGAGCAAUACUUAAACAGGCAAACGAAAGACUUUUGGAUUCUGCUAAGACAGUUACUGAAUUCAGCUCCCUUGAGAAAUCGUUGCUUGAGAUCGAUAACUUUUCCACAGAAAUAGAAGUGAUGGAACGUGGGAUAAAGGAGAAACAACGACACCUUGAAUCUGUUGCAAUCAUUUCUUCCGAAACAAAAGAAAGAAAAGCUUUAACUGAAAGUAGGUUAUCAGCACUCAAAUACUCUAUUUCAAGCUUUUCUUGUUCAGUUGCUUUCUUGGAACAGCGAGAAGCUCAAGCAAGGUCGAAACUCAAUGCCUCGUUGUCCUACUUGGACAACAAGAAACAAGAACUGGUCAAUCUUAACAACGCCAAGGUCGAAAUCGAGGCGUCCUUGAAUGAGACACGGGAAUCUGAAUCAGCAACAAGGAACAACAUUGUCCUUUUGAAAUCAAAGCUUGAGGAAGAACGCAAAAGACAAGAGAAUGAAAAGGUUUUAUUCGCCAUUGAUAACUUGGAUAAAGUCGAUCCCACGCAGAGAAACUUAGGUGGCAAAGCUACCGAUUUACUGAAGACUGAAGAAGAGAAAAGCAAGCUGCAAAACGAGAUCAAGUCAUCCCGCGAAAGCUUGGCAGCCAUUAAAAUGAGACACCGGGAUUUGAACAAUCUGCUGAUAAAGGUAGAACACGAUGUAGAAGCUGUCUCAAUGGAAAUACAAAAAGGAUCAAAGUCGGUGGACGAGUUAAAGCUUGCCAUGGAACGUUCAAUCCAAGAAAAAGAGACCCUCCUCGAAACUUACGAGAAUGGGAAAGCUGAAAUCGAUAGUCUGAUCUUGGAAUAUCAGCAGAAUGUUUUUGAUGCAGAUCUUGUCGAGGCGGAGAUGAAGGCCUUUGAUGAAGAACUGAAGCUCGAGAUAAGGAAACUAGAACAGUUGCAGACGUUGAGAGCUGCAUCUGGGCAGAAGGUGAAGCAAUUGUUGUCGUCCCAUUCGGGUUUGUUGUCUGAAAAGCUGGAAGCAGAUUUACAGUGUGUUUGGGCAACUUUCGAGGAGGCUAAGAUAUUGUUAGGGGUGGAUCACUAAAAUGUCUGUUAAAUCACUGUUUUUAACAGGCCCCUGGUGUUUUCCAUAUUAAUUCAGAACUCUAAAUCCUAUUAAAUAUGCAUGUAAUCUGUGCUGUAAUUAACCAUUCCUUUCUAUGGGGUAUUUUGGUGCCAA